GGAGGGAAUAAUAUAUGUCCGAGUAUUAAUGAUCAAAAUUAUAUCGAAUAUCUCGAUCCAAUAAUAUAUAAAAACACCAUAGAAAGAGACCUUGCCAAAAACGGUCCAAAUGCCACCAAACUCCAAAAGUAGUGAAGAGUCUGAAGGCUAGUUUAGACUUGUAUAGAGUACAUAAAUAAAUGGAAAUAUUUCCAUUUAAUUUUUUUUUUCCUGUCAAAAAAUAAAUAAAUAAAUGGAAAUAUUGCAGAACUUCUGAUGUCAGCGUCAUCCGUCAACUGAAUACUACGGAGUAUACUCUAAUUUUGACGCUUUGUCUUUCUCUCCACCUUCACAACUAUGUCAACGACCGAAGUCACCAUCACCCUUGGCCGCUCUCGUAAGGUUGUAAAGAGGAAAAGGUCGGAUUUUACUCAAUCUCUUCCUUGCCAUUCCAAAAGACUUCGAAUUAUUGUUAAAGAGAAUGUGGAUUAUGAUGGUUUUCACCUCGAAAGAAAUGAUCUCCAUCACAAAUUGAUUCGGAGGAGGCUAUCCAGUAGAAAUCAUACCACAGCUCGUGGUAAUAAGCAGAGGAGAAAAUUAACAGGAAAAUUAUCUGGUGCAUCUGCAAGGUCAGCCAUAAGCUAUAAUGAGCUGCUGCGUGGCCUUCAUCAAUCUCAAAGAGAUGGGCAUAUACAGAGAGAUCCUUAUAGAGAAGCUACUAGAGCCUUAGCUUACAUGGGCUCAUUGGAACAUCCUUCAACUGUGACUAGAGAUGAUUUAAGACGAAGAUCCCCUACAAGACCUGCGUAUAAUUCUGGCUGUUUGUUGCCACCAACUCAUACAACAGAAUUACAAAAAGUAACAUCUAUAAGAUCAAGUCAACAUGCUUAUAGCCAUAUGUUUCCUGGACCACCUAGAUCAACUGUACCAGUGCAGACGGGGGCAUUAUUGGAUCUGGAAAGGGCAAGACCUAUGGCUCUAAUUCCUUCACCAAGUGGGUUCCUGCCUAGAAGUAUGUCCAUGGUUGAGGCACCUGUUACUGUUGCAGGGUUGUUGAAUUCCCUUGGUUUGGGGAAAUAUGCUAUCCAUUUUCGGGCUGAGGAGGUAGAUAUGUCAGCGUUGAAGCUGAUGAAUGAAAAAGACCUGAAAGAUCUGGGAAUUCUGAUGGACCAAGGAAGAAAAUCCUACAGGCUCUCUCAGCUUAACUUAGGAGGCAACUGCCCAGGCAACUUUAGUCGGCUGAAUUUGCCUAUACAUAGAUGUUAUGCCAUCACUUGUCUUUCAAGCAUCCCAAUAUUUUUUGAGACUCGCAACCUUGAAUUCAUCAGCCCCGCUUGUGUUGUGUCUUUUGUUACUUGACAUCAGUGGCGGACCUGGGCUUGUGCCUGGUGGGUCAAGUGACUCACCAGGGCCCAAAAAAUAUUUUAAGUUCUGAGUUAGCCCUAGCCCACUUCGCCAGACGCCAGUUCGCCUCUUCCUCUUCGCAAGUUCGCAUCUUCCAUUCUUCCUCUUCGCCUGAAUCGCCUCUUCCUCAGUUCCUCUUCGCUAGUUCGCUUCGUCUUCCUCUUCGCAUAAUUUCAGUGCUCUUCGGUAGCUUGCUCACGCCUCCAGUGCUGGCUGUGCUGCUGGCCUGCUGGCUGCUGCUCGCCUGCUACCUAGCUCCACUGCUCCAGUCCUCUGUGCUCACCGCUCUUCGCUUCGUCGCUUCUUCUAAAGUCUAAUCUCCUAUUCUCAUUUUGCUAAUUACACAACUACACUGUAAAUGCAUGGAACAUCCAUUAUCAGUUGGCAAUACUUCAAUUAUUCACGACAGCAAGGAGAUAUUGUGUCCACAAUAAAGUCGGUAAUAAUAACAAAAGUCUGUUCAUCUCGUAUCUUCCUCAAGUGAAUACCCCAUAAUAUAGCCUCUGUCUAUAUAUGGAAUGUUUAUAUUUCUCCCUUAGUUCUUCAAGUUUCUAUUUAUAGUGGCUACAAAGUAUACCCUCUUUAUCUGUAUACCUUACUGCAUUUAACUCCAAGAGUGUUCAUAGAAACAAUGUUGAAUUGGGUUACAAAUUUCUGGCAUACUCUGUUAUUCUACCCUUUCUUGGUCCCUUUUGGAUUCUUCGUAAUUUUUUUGUACAAUGUUCUGU